AUGGGCAACAGUUUUGGAGGAAAGUGCCCAGUGGGCUGCCACCACAUGUGGUCACUUGGAGAAAUUCAAGAAGCAUUUAGUUUAAUCCUUGAGAUAGAGCAGCACACUAACUUCCAUGUGCUGCCUCCCAACCACCGCCAGCACUCCGCAAUCCCACACCUUCAGUUUAUUUAUGACCGUCUACAGAAGAUCUUUGGUUUAAGACUGUGGGCUAAAGUUGGACAAAGUCUUCCACAGAAUGAAACUAUAAGUUUACGCUGCUUCCGGAACUUACAAGCUCUGGAGUUAUUGCACAUUCCUGUGACCAGCCUCAAAGCCCUCCAAACCCUGCGGCCAACACUGCGAUCAGUAAUAAUAGUUAAAGGACUAACACGACUUAGUGAUCUGUUCAUCCGUUGUGGUGCUGAUAAGGCAGGAGAGUUUACAAUGAGUUGUGAGCCAACACAGCUUCCUGCACUUGCUCCCAUGCAGAGUUUAGACCACAGCCUUAGUCUCCUGCCAAACCUUAAGAUACUAGACUUAAGCCAUUGUGAACUGGAGGAUGCCUCAGCUCUGGAGUACCUCCCUACUGUGUCGUUAUUAGACCUGAGCCACAACCAACUACGACUCCUUCCCCGUCUCUCUCCUACUGCUACCUACUCUCUUAUAGUUCUCAUAGCCAAUAACAAUCUUUUUUCUCACAUAAGUGGUUUACAUGAAAUGAAUAACAUUGAGGAGCUGGAUCUGAGGGACAAUGUAUUAAGUUUGAAGGAAGCGUUGUCACCCAUUGGUGCCUUACCUCAUAUUAGAGUGCUCAAGAUAAGUGGUAACCCUAUCACAUGGGACCUCAACUACAGAAGUCAAAUUAUCAGACAGCUAAAUCCUGCUACUGCCAAUCAUAAGGUUGUGUUUGAUGAUGUGCCUCUAACAGGUCAAGAAUAUGAUGAGGUUGGGAUGCAUGCAGUGCCAGCAGGAUCCUCUUACUCCCCAGAACUUCUUUCAUCUCUUUCAUCCCUCUCCUCCCUUUGUUCUCCAGUGAAUCCAAUAAGUCCAGCACAUGGACUAAUCUCACAGCCUCUGUAUUCACCUGAAGAGGCAGAUCUGAUUCAGCUAGAUCCAGUAGACUCCCAACCAGCAAGUUUAGUUAAUGAUUCAGCUCCUGUAUCACUCAAAAACUCAGGCAAUGGACAACCCCGCAGAAAAUCAAAGAAGAAACGCACUCGACAUAUAGCCAUCACAGAUCCUGAUAAUGAGGAUAUGGACAAUGACAGUAUACAUUUGGCAGACAGUGACAUGUUGGAAAGAAUGG